AUGGCGGCGAGAACACCCAACCAGCUGUACAUACCCAGAGAAGACGUGUAUGUUGCUGUGGAGAAGCGGAGGAGAGUGAUCCGGCUGUGUAAGCGGCUGUGGCAGGUCCUGGGUGUGCUGGUGGUGGUGAUUAUGGCAGUCCUGCAGCCGUACUUUGCUGCAAGGAUCGCAAAUCUUUCCCAAGAGGUUGCUGAGCUUCGAGACCGAGAGGGAGGGAAUGCCGCAGCAGUCCUAGGACCCCCAAGCGCCCAUGGGUUGGCUGGUCCCCCAGGGCCCCCGGGUCCUCCAGGAGAAAGGGGACCCGUCGGUCCUGCUGGCCCCCAGGGAGAAAACGGGCCAGCAGGACCGGUUGGACCUGAAUGGCCACGCGGGGACAAGAAGGAGAUGGGCCCAAGGGAUCAGAAGGAGGAGGGCCCCACGGAUGAGGGGAAGAGCCCCAGGGGUAUGGAGGAGGGCCCCAGGGGCAACAAGGAGGAGGUCCCCAGGGAUAAGAAGGAGGGCCCCAGGGGUAUGGAGGAGGGCCCCAGGGGUAACAAGGAGGAGGGCCCCAGGGAUAAGGAGGAGGGCCCCAGGGAUAAGGAGGAGGGCCCCAGGGAUCUGAAGGAGAAGGACACUAGGGAUGAUAAGGAAAAGGGCCGCAAGGAUAAUAUGGAGAAGGGCCCCAGGGAUAAGAAAGAAAAUGGCCCGAGGGAAAAGAAGGAGAAUGGCACCAAUGAUAAGACGGAGGAGGGCCCAAAGGAUAAGAAAGAGAAGGGACCCAAGGAUAAGAAAGAGAAGUGCCCGAGGGAUAAGAAGAAUAAGGACCCCAAGGAUAAGAAGGGGAAGGGCCCUCCAAGAUGGGCAGGUCCUCCGUGGUUUAUGCAAGGAUGA